AAAUUAGGCAUAGUAAGAAAUUCACAUUUUAGGUUGGGGAGGGACAGCCAGGCUGGGGGCAGCUGGGCCGCUGGACAGGUCCCAGGCUUUGCCUUCACACCGGCCUGCCGCCCCCAUGACGUGUUCCUCAUGAUCUGGUGCCACAAGACAACCAUCUUCGAGGACACCAAGGAGUCCAGCACGGUGUUCAAGCUGAAGCGAAUCAUCAAGGGCAUCCUCAAGCAGCCACCAGACAAGCAGCAGCUGUACAAGGGUUACCAACUCUUGGAUGGUAGCAAGACACUGGGCAAGUGUGGCUUUACCAGCCAAACAGCAUGGCCACAGGCCCCAGCCACAAUGGGGCUGGCCUUCCAGGAAGAUGACACCUUUGAGGCCCGGUGCAUCAAGCCGCUUUCCAGCCCACCCAAGCUGCCCAACGUGAUGAAGCCCCAGGACUUGAGAAGCAGUGCCAAUGAACAAGCGGUGCAGUGAGGACCCCCCCCAAGAGGCCCAUUACCCUCAAUAAAAGAGAUUUGGGAAUCAGAAAAACAAAAAGAAAUUAACAUUUUAUUAUUUAUUUAGAGAUGGAGUCUUGCUCUGUUUCCCAGGCUGGAGUGCAGUGUGGUGGCUCACUGCAACC